UAAACCUAUCUCUCUUCUCAUUCUCUCUGUCGAUCUCCCUUUCUCUCCGAUCUCUCUCUCUCUCUGUUCGUUCGUAGUUAGUCGCCAAGGAUAAUGGCCGGAAAAGGUGAAGGUCCGGCGAUCGGUAUCGAUCUCGGUACCACGUAUUCCUGCGUCGGUGUUUGGCAGCACGAUCGUGUUGAGAUCAUCGCCAACGAUCAGGGGAACCGCACCACGCCCUCCUAUGUCGGCUUCACUGAUACUGAGCGUCUUAUUGGUGACGCCGCCAAGAACCAGGUCGCCAUGAACCCUAUCAACACUGUUUUCGAUGCAAAACGGCUUAUUGGUAGGAGAUUCUCUGACUCUUCUGUCCAGAGUGACAUCAAGUUGUGGCCAUUUAAGGUCAUUGCUGGCCCUGGUGACAAGCCAAUGAUUGUUGUUAGCUACAAGGGUGAAGAGAAAGAGUUUGCUGCUGAAGAAAUCUCUUCUAUGGUUCUUACAAAAAUGAAGGAAAUUGCUGAGGCAUACCUUGGGUCAACAGUAAAGAAUGCUGUUGUGACUGUCCCUGCAUACUUCAAUGACUCUCAACGUCAGGCUACUAAGGAUGCAGGUGUCAUUAGUGGUUUGAAUGUAAUGCGUAUUAUAAAUGAGCCAACAGCUGCUGCUAUUGCCUACGGGCUUGACAAGAAGGCUACCAGUGUAGGUGAAAAGAAUGUCUUAAUCUUUGACCUUGGUGGUGGUACCUUUGAUGUCUCUCUCCUUACAAUCGAAGAGGGUAUCUUUGAGGUGAAAGCUACUGCUGGAGACACUCAUCUUGGAGGUGAAGACUUUGACAAUAGGAUGGUGAACCACUUUGUUCAAGAAUUCAAGAGAAAGAAUAAGAAGGAUAUUACUGGAAACCCAAGGGCUUUGAGAAGAUUGCGGACAGCUUGUGAAAGGGCCAAGAGAACUCUUUCAUCUACUGCCCAAACUACCAUUGAGAUUGAUUCCCUAUUUGAGGGUAUUGAUUUCUACUCAACUAUUACCCGUGCCAGAUUUGAAGAGUUGAACAUGGAUCUCUUCAGGAAGUGUAUGGAGCCUGUUGAGAAAUGUUUGAGGGAUGCCAAGAUGGACAAGAGCACUGUCCAUGAUGUUGUUCUUGUUGGUGGAUCAACUAGGAUCCCCAAGGUUCAACAAUUGUUGCAGGACUUCUUCAAUGGGAAGGAGCUCUGCAAGAGCAUCAACCCUGAUGAGGCUGUUGCGUAUGGUGCUGCAGUCCAGGCUGCAAUUUUGAGCGGUGAAGGUAACGAGAAGGUUCAAGACUUGUUGCUUCUGGAUGUCACCCCCUUGUCUCUUGGUUUGGAGACUGCUGGAGGUGUUAUGACAGUCUUGAUUCCAAGGAACACAACCAUCCCCACCAAGAAGGAGCAAGUUUUCUCCACAUACUCUGAUAACCAACCCGGUGUGUUGAUCCAGGUGUACGAAGGUGAGCGAGCAAGGACCAGAGAUAACAAUUUGUUGGGUAAAUUUGAGCUCUCCGGUAUCCCUCCCGCUCCUAGGGGUGUGCCUCAGAUCACUGUGUGUUUUGAUAUCGAUGCUAAUGGCAUUUUGAAUGUCUCUGCCGAGGACAAGACCACCGGACAGAAGAACAAGAUUACAAUCACCAAUGACAAGGGCCGGCUAUCAAAGGAUGAAAUUGAAAAGAUGGUACAAGAAGCAGAAAAAUACAAGGCUGAGGACGAGGAACACAAAAAGAAGGUUGAAGCAAAGAAUGCAUUGGAGAAUUAUGCUUACAACAUGAGGAACACCAUUAAGGAUGAGAAGAUUGGAUCUAAGCUAACCCCAGAUGACAAGAAGAAGAUUGAGGAUGCCAUUGAUCAAGCAAUCUCUUGGUUAGAUAGCAAUCAACUCGCUGAAGCUGAUGAGUUUGAAGAUAAGAUGAAGGAGCUUGAGAGCAUCUGCAAUCCCAUCAUUGCGAAGAUGUACCAGGGUGCCGGAGGUGCCGCUGGAGGACCCAUGGAAGAGGAUGCCCCGGCUGGUGGUAGUGGUGCUGGCCCCAAGAUUGAAGAGGUUGAUUAAGGGAUCGACUCUUACACUUAAAAAAAGAGUCUAUUACCUUAAUAUUUCGCGAUUGUGAAACUGCUGGAUUGGUUAUCUUUUCUGUUUUUUUUUUUUUUCGAUUCAUGAACUCAAUAUUUCCAGUUUAGAUUACGCUUAAUGUUAAAUACCAUCAAUUUUUGCGAUCUAUUCUCAUAA